UGGGGGAGGCGGUGGCCCCGAAGAGACGUGCGUCGUGCGGGCUUUCUUCCUCUGGAAUCGGGGCUAGGAAGCGACGCCGCCGCGUCUUAAAUUGAGGGCGAGAGGAGCUCGGCUGGUUGUGGUAGAGACUGCGGCGGCAGAGCCGCCAGUGCAACCCUGCCGAGCGCCAUGUCGCUGCAGAAGCCGGCCGAGGGCGGAAGCGGAGGCUUGGCGGAUUCCCCGGGGGCGGAGGAAGGCGAAGAUGGCUCGCCCAGUCCGUCCUUGACGCCGCCGGUGUUGCCCUGGGACCGCUUCUCGGCCUGGCUGCACUGCGUGUGCGUGGUGGGCUUUGAUCUGGAGCUCGGCCAAGCUGUGGAGGUCAUAUAUCCACAGCAUUCAAAACUUACAGAUAAAGAGAAAACCAAUAUUUGCUAUUUGUCUUUCCCAGAUUCCAAUUCAGGUUGCCUUGGAAACACACAAUUUUCUUUUAGGUUUCGGCAGUCUUCUAGCAGAAAGCUUUCGUGGCACUGUUUGCUGGAUCAGUUGGACAGAGAUCUACCAAUUUACUUGAAGAGGGAUCCUGCUUAUUUUUAUGGAUAUGUGUAUUUUAGACAAGUACAAGACAAGACAUUAAAACGAGGUUACUUUCAGAAGUCUUUAGUUCUGAUUAGCAAGCUGCCUUAUAUCCACUUAUUUAACACUGUGCUUGGACAAAUUGCACCUGAAUAUUUUGAGAAAAAUGAACCUUUCUUGGAAGCAGCUUGUAGUGAUAUUGAUCGAUGGCCACUACCAGUCCCAGGGAAAACACUCUAUUUGCCAAUUAUGGGCAUUGUAAUUAAGGUGCGGAUUCCUACCUGUCAUGACAAGCCUGGAACAACUCAAAUAUUACAGUUGACACAUCAGGCAGAUUCACAAAUCUCCAUUGCUUUGCCAACUGUCUAUGAAGUAGAUCUCUUUAGAUGUUUCUUGCCAGUGUUCUUUCACAUCCAGAUGCUGUGGGAACUAGUAUUGUUAGGGGAACCAUUAGUUGUCAUGGCACCGUCACCAUCAGAAUCUUCAGAAACAGUCUUGGCGCUUGUGAGCUGUAUCUCACCUUUGAAGUACUACAGUGAUUUUAGACCUUAUUUUACAAUACAUGACAGUGAAUUCAAAGAUUAUACCACUCGUACACAGACCCCGCCUUCUGCCAUUUUAGGAGUGACAAAUCCAUUUUUUGCUAAAACACUGCAGCACUGGCCACACAUCAUUCGAAUAGGAGAUAUCAAGGUCUCAGGUGAAGUUCCAAAGCAGGUUAAAGUAAAAAAACUGAAGAAUUUAAAAACCUUGGAUUCCAAACCAGGUGUUUAUACAUCAUACAAAUCAUACUUAAACAGAGAUGAAGAAAUCGUAAAACAAUUACAAAAGGGAGUACAACAGAAGCGUCCUGCAGAAGCCCAAAGCAUAAUCCUUCGUCGUUAUUUCUUGGAAUUGACUCAAAGCUUCAUUAUUCCCCUAGAACGAUACGUAGCAAGUUUAAUGCCUCUACAAAAAAGCAUAUCACCUUGGAAGAGUCCUCCACAGUUGAAGCCAUUCAGCAAAGAGGAGUUUAUGAAAACUCUUGAGAAAGCGGGGCCUCAGCUUACCUCUCGGUUAAAGGGGGACUGGAUAGGAUUGUACAGGCAUUUUCUGAAAUCUUAUAAUUUUGAUGGUUGGUUCCGGACACGGCGGAAAGAAAUGACACGGAAACUGGAGGCACUGCAUUUGGAAGCAUUGUGCAAUGAGGACUUGCUUUUCUGGAGUCAGAAACAUACUGAGGUGGAAACAGUGGAUCUAGUCUUAAAACUAAAAGCUAAAUUGAUUGAUGUGGAAAACUUACCUGUGAAACCUGAAACUAUCGAAAAGUUAAAGAAGCACAUUGAUUCAAUUAUACUUGCACAGCCAGAGGAUUUACAGGGUAUUUUGACUAAAACUGGUUCUGUGUAACUAGUGAAUACUGCCAUAUUUAUCAUAUCACACAUUUCAAAGGCUUAAAGAGGAGAUUUGGAGAACUGCAAGCAUGAAAAAUAUCUUGUUAUGGAAACACACCUGAUCAAUGCUUUUAAAAAGCCUUUUAAAGCAGACUUUAAAACUCAACUUGAAUACAAAAGGAAGAAGAUGGUGUCAAUUAUGUGUAAAAUUAAGUGCUCUUAUUGAAUCUUAAUGUAUUUUAUAAUUGGAUGUGCAAUGCUGGCGUUGCAGAGCUGCUUCAGCUGGUGGUGCUCUGCCCAAUUUAUUCCACUCAGGAGAAGCAAUAUUCCUGCUGGUUUGGAACACUGCCCACUUCAAGAUGAUAGCUUAUAUUCUCCAGUGGGUAUAUUCUUAUUUUAUCUCCUAAUAAAAUCUCAGAUUGCUGCCGAAUCUUGACAGCACUUCUCAGACAUCACGGUUCUGUUUGCCAAGCUAUGGUUCAGUGUUUGGGAGCACCCUGUGAUAGGCCUCCUACUCUUCUACUUAUCUUUUGAGAUCCAUGCAUUAAUUGUAGUCAGAUAAAAUAUCCUGUUAAAAUUACAGGCAAUGAGAGGUCUGAACCAAGGUUGAAACCCCUUCAGAUCCUGGUUUUAGUCCUCAAUUUGGAAGGCACUUGAUUCCAAGCACUCCCAGUUUAUCUGGCUUAGAUUCUCUAGCAAACUGUAAUGUUAUUAAUUAAUGUGUGGAUGAGGAGAGUUCAAGGAAAAAAGGGAAAUACAUGCCUCUAGUCACAUUUGCUUUGUGACACCUGAACCAAGCUAAUUGUCACGUUCGGUGCAUAACUUAUUUGAUCACAGAUCUAAUUCUAGAUGUUAAUUAGCUAGACUAUAACAUAAUUAAAUGCUUUUUCCUAAAAUAACUUUCUUUUUAAGAAACCUAUAAAAACUAUCACUAGUUUAUCUCUCCUUCUCAAUUUUUGUAGAUUUCAGUGGGUAUUUCUCACUAAAGGCCUUUUUAAUUAGACCUUUACAGUGAUAGGUCUUACUGUAGUACUGCAGUUAAAGUUAAACUAGUAUUAACAUUCAUUUUCAAAGUGUAAGUAAUUAGAAAACUAUAUGCAAUGAUCAGCUGCCUCUCUUACUUCAAACAUCACAAAUCACUUUCUUGAGGAAACCUUUGAAACAGUCCUUACUCCCAUCUCCAGAUAUAAUUAAAACGAGCCAAAAUUCAUAUAAAGGAAGCAGUCACACAGCCUUCAUGUUUACUCAUUCUACCUGUUCUAUGUAAAAUACCACACAUAUCAAAUCAGUAUCUAAAAUACUUAAAAUACUUCCAAGAAUAUGCACAUAUCAGGCUGUAGAAAUCAUUGCACACCAAAUGGGCUACUGUAUUGGAAAAAAAAUUGUUUUCUUACAUGAAAUGUAUUAAGUUUAGCAGUCCCUUCUGACAUUUCCUAGUGUAAAGAGAGGUUCCUCAAAGGCAGCCUACUAUUUUAUAUGAAUUCACAUGGCACAUUAACUGUAAGGGUGACUAGUGAAUAUGCUCUUGCUGCCAUGUUACUUUCUUAUCCCCUCUAGUGUACUGUAUUACAUCAGGCAAUCAACUAACCAUCGUGGAUGAAUGGAAACCAGACUUCGUCCCUGUAGUCUCUAGGUUAUACAGGUAGUCCUCAACUUAACAACCACAACUGAGCCCAAAAUUUAUGUUGCUAAGUGAGAAA